AUGGAGGAGGCAGAAUGUGCAUCUUGUUGGGGUUCUCUCGAUGCAAUCUGUGAGGAGUCGGAGAUGAUUGCACAUUUGCAGUCAGUGCUCUGGUGUGACAGUGAUUCUGAUGCAAACCUCCGCUCCUCCAAAAAUGAUAGCACAAAUGAAUCUUUUGAUCUCCAAGUCAAUGACCUCAGUUCGGCAAAUGAGAGGGACAUUGGUAUCAAGAGAAAGAUGCAAGUGGAUGAGCAGAGCGACCAUCACAAUGAAGUCCCCGCGGUUCUCUCGGCCCCAAGGAAGAGUGGUAACAAAUCAAGAGCUGCAAUGGACUCACAAAGCAACUAUGCAAAGAGAAGAAGGCAUAAGAUCAACGAGAGGCUAAGAGUACUGCAGCACCUGAUCCCUAACGGCACAAAGGUUGACAUAAGCACAAUGUUGGAGGAAGCAGUCCAGUAUGUCAAGUUUCUGCAUAUGCAGAUCAAGCUCUUGAGCUCUGAUGAAAUGUGGAUGUACGCUCCGCUCGCCUACGACGGCAUCAAUGCCAGUUCCCCCCAUUUGGAUUCUCUGGUUCAGGAAUGA